AGUUUUAUCGGAAGUGACGUUGGUUGGCGGUAAGUUAGAAAUUGUCUUAAAAUAUUUCAGCAAAGUUGCAGAGUGUUGCAGUCAGAAAUAAACAGAAAUGGUUGAUCGGGAUUUGAAACGCUGGGCCAUUAAAGAAUUCAACUAUCCUUCUAAUAAACUGCCACCUGACCGCUGUCUAAGAAAGUUUUGCGCUGGUCAACGCAGCUCUAUUUGGAAGUAUGUCACUCAACAUGUGUUUAAAGAGAAAAAAGUUGAAAUCAAAAGGAGGAACGUCGAUUGGUACAAAAGACUGGAGGAUGAUGAGCUGAAGAAAGUGGAGUCUCUUCGUAAGCGAGAGAUUCAGAAGGAGAUCAAGGAGCUGAAGGCUCAAAUCCACAAGCAGGACAUAAGCCUCAAAGAGGCCGAGGAAGAUCUGCAGAGGAACGAGCGUGCCUGUAGUGUGAGCUGGGCUCAUCAUGAGGAGCGCGGUCGGCGGGAGCUGUUGCUACGGAGUUACCUGCAGCGGUGCGGCGACGUGAGGAGGAGCUUGACCGAUGACACCCAGCCAAUCAGAGAGCAGAGGCGGGGCCUGGAGGAGCACCUCAGCAAGGGAGAAGUGGAGUUGUCUUUUGACCUGUCUGGGGGUGGACAUGGUCUUAAUGUGGAGCCCCUAGUCAUGCAUGAGGUGAGGAAGCUGUGUGAGGACCGGGUCCGGUAUCUCAAGUGUGUGCAAGCCGAGGCCGACGCGGACAACCAGAAGAGCACAGCUGCUGUGUGUGCAGACCAGUGA